UUCCGGAGGGAAGUGAUAAAGCGCGGACCGGUUGCUGGUGGUCAGCUGAUGUGUCAAACAGAGUCCAGCCCUCACGCUUUGUUUUAUUGACGUUUAUUUGGACCAAAAGAGUUCUGGUCACUGUAUGAGUUGCUAAUGUAAUAUCUACUCGUUAUUCUGGUACACCUCUCUUCGAUAUUUGACGACGUUGUCUUUAGUGGAAGUGAAAAGAUGUAUCGAUUGACCGCUGUCAAACUGUUGACGUUUUCAUCGCUAAUGUGUUUCCUGAUGUUAUUAUCCGCAAAAACAUCAGAAGCUAAGAAUUCAGAAGACAUCCGGUGCAAAUGUAUCUGUCCACCUUAUAAGGACAUCGCUGGGCAGAUCUACAAUCAGAACGUUUCCUUGAAGGACUGUAAUUGCCUUCAUGUGGUGGAGCCGAUGCCCGUUGAAGGCAAAGAUGUGGAGGCAUACUGUUUACGCUGUGAAUGCAAAUAUGAAGAAAGGAGCUCUGGAACCAUCAAAGGCACCAUUAUAGCAUAUCUGUCUAUUCUGGGCCUUCUGUUACUGUAUAUGGUCUAUCUGACACUGUUGGAGCCUAUUUUAAAGAGAAGACUGUUUGGCCAUUCACAGCUCAUUCAGAGUGACGAUGAUGUUGGGGACCAGCAGCCCUUCGCCAAUGCCCAUGACGUGCUUUCCCGUUCUCGCUCUCGCUCCAACAUGCUAAACAAAGUGGAGCACGCUCAGCAGCGCUGGAAGAGGCAGGUCCAAGAACAGCGCAAAUCUGUCUUCGACCGUCACGUGGUGCUUAGCUAAAAGCCUUCACAGUCUGGACUGUUAUCCAUUGGUUCUGGUACUGUGUUAAAGGCGGGGUCUUUUCCAUCUCAUUGGUCUGCCUGAGCAACCUCCAGUGACUCCAGUGUGUACAUUUCUUUUUCAUGUAUAGGUUUGUCAUCUUGACCAAUGUGUGCGACUAAACCCUGUUUGUUAUUAGAGUUUGCUUGAUACAGACAGUUAGCAUUAACUCUCACCGUGCUCUUGCAUUUUGAAAUCAUGCACUCUAAAAUUAGCAAAGAUUUUUUUUUACCUUUACUGCAGUCCAGUCACUACUAACUUGAUGUGGGGAUAGAAGUGUCAAUUUCCUCAUAAAAUUAGGGUGAUGCGUUUAUUCAUUAAAUCAUUUUAUAUAAAUUCCAGAAUUUUUACUAAAGAAAAAAAUAUUGAUUUCCAGUCUUAUUGUACAGUGUAAAAUUACCCUCUUUUCUCUUCUUACCUUGCGGUUUCCUGUCAACUAUUAUAUGUAAAUAAUGAUAAGUGAAUGUGUUUGGUCAUUGUCUCCAAAUGAUAUGCUGUAUGACUAACUUCUCAAUAACAGUUCCUUUUGUUGUUGUUUUAUAAGGACAGUAUUCAUGAGGUACAUGCUUUGAUGGUAUCAGAAUAAUAUUCUUUGUCUUUACUAUCUGUAUGUAUAAUAAUUGAAAUGUUCAAGUACACAAUUUAACAAAGAUAGCUGUUUUGAACUUUUAAAUUGCAUAACAGUUUUGUUAAUAUGUGAAUCCCGGUUUCUCGUCUCCGUUUGUUCCUGUCAAAAUCAAUGCAGCUCAUGUGACGCAGUUUCUGUUAAUGGUAAUGGCAUUUUUAGUCCCCAGGAGGCGCUGUUUCCAAACGGGCUUUUUGCAUUAGCGUCGAAGAACAGCGCUAGAUUUAUGCAUAAUUAAACGUGCUAUGUUAUAAAAAAAUAAAAAACAAUUAUAAAAUUGA